AUGAGUCAUAUAGAAUUGGUUAAUUUAGAUGGAUUGUCCAAACUAAUCUUAACUCAUGCUAGACAAACCCAUGUUAGAACUGCUGGAUUCUUGCUAUUCAUACUUUAUAAGGGUUUCCUCAUCACUAUGUGCGAAUUCUUCUUUUCAUUUUUUAAUGGAUAUUCAAGCACACAACUAUUCACAACCAGUUUCCACUUCAUGUUUUAAACCUAUUUCACGCCAAUCUAUGGAUUUUUGAUCUUUUCUUUCUAUUCAGAUGUAAAUCAUCGAGUCAUCCGAAUGUUUGCUAGUGAAUUCAUCAAAUGUCAAAGGGAUUACUAUUUCAAUAGGAAGAAACUUUUCCUAAUAUUCUUUGACUCUGUUUAUUAAGGAUUCAUAAUAUUUUAUUUACCUGCAAAUAUUCUAUAAUAUGCUAACAAUUAAGAUGGUAUCAUAGAAGGAUUUUAUUAUAUUUCCUUAGUUUCCUAUUUGACUGUCCUUUUAACUACCCAAAUGCAGCCAAUUCUUUAUUUAAGCACUCUUUCCAAAGAAUAAAUAGUUGUAAUUAUGUUCAACAUUACAAUUUGCAUAUUGAUAUUAUUCACUACAUGCUCAUCUGAAUCUUGGAGUACAAGCAUCCCAUAAUAUACUCAUCAUUUAGAAUCCAUUUUAGAUAGUGUAAAAAGUUCUUGUAUUUCUUUGACUCCAACUAUCAUUCUCUAAUAAUUUGAGACUGUGUCUGAUUCUUAAUUGAUUAGAAUGAUCCACUAUUACGAAGAGAAGGAAGAAGUUGAAGAAGAACCAAAGCCAAAAGCCUAAGAACAAAAACCAUCCUAACCAAUAGACACAAAAUAAUUGUAAACUAAAGGAAUGGAAUAAUCAAUGAUGAUAGAAUAAACUAGUUAAGAUCAAAUCAAUAUGUCCCAGGACAAUUUAUUGUAGAAAUGA